UUCACAACCGUAGACGAUCUGUGUCACAAACAUGGCCGCGUGCGUGUGAAUGUCAUGCUAUCGUCAUCAUGAUCUUCAUCCACCACCUGAACCAGUUGAUGUCAGGGUUUGAUCGGUGCGUGAGCGCUGACAUGUAAACCACAUGUUGCGGGAGCUUGUCUUCAUUAAACUACAGUCAGACAAUAACCAGGAGGAGCCGAGCGGAGUCGACGCAUUAGCCGCGCUGCUCUCACAUUAGCCUUCUAGCUAACCGGCUGUUAGCUUCAGACGGAACAACGAUGGAGUCUGACCAACAGCUGAGAAAUCUGCGGGAUUUCCUCAUGGUUUACAACCGGAUGACUGAUAUCUGCUUCCAGCGAUGCACCAGCAACUUCAACUACAGGAACCUCACCAUGGACGAGGAGCGCUGUGUGGACUCCUGCGCGGGGAAGCUGAUUCGCUCCAACCACCGCCUGAUGGGCACCUAUGUGCAGCUGAUGCCUCAGAUGGUGCAGCGGCGGAUGGAAGAGAUAGAAAGUAAAGCCGCUGAGAACGCCAAGGCAGCAGAGGCAGCUGCUGCUGCUGCUGCAGCACAGGGGCCUGCUGCCACAGACACAUCUGUGAGCCCCAUGAUCACCUUGUCUCCACCUGCAGAAGUACCUGCACCGUUCCUCUCCUCAGUGACUGACGCUGGACCAGAGGCACAUGGCUCGGUCUUACAGCCAGCAGGAUUAGGCGUUUCAUUUGAGGUGGACGCGGCCGUAUCCCAGUCUGCAGCGGCCACGGAAGUCAAAUUGUUCGCUGCCGCACCACUCACACCUGCAACUGAAGCGGUAAACCCUGCAGGCAGCACAUCUGGCGGUGGACCGUCUUAUUCGGCUGGCUUUCCACAGCUGCCCACAGCUGCUGUCCAAAUUGAGUCCAGGAGCUCAGGGCCUGUGUUGAUGCCGUCUAUACCAACCUCCUCCUCAGAAGAUGUGUCUGUGUUGACAGUCUCUGCACCUACAGCCUCAAGCCCAGCGAGAGCCCCAGAGGUUCCUCCUCUGUCAGGACAGUAACCAGUCUGGGUCUGGUCCGAACUCCCACCACAAACAACCCAUAAGGGAUGAGUAGGUCAUCACUGGCGCCAGUCCCAAAUGUGAUGAUGAUCUCUGUUUGAAAAAGAAUAGUUAAUAAAUAACAUCACUUUGAUGAUAUCAUCAUGUCAUGUAACCUUUUCUCUGUUUUCAUUUUUUUAUUUUUUCAUUUACAAUAUUAGCAACUUGGAAACAUCACUUUUAGACUCUGGCAACUUGUGAAGGGCAAAUUCCCAAGUGUUAAAAUGCCAUGUUGUUUUAUGAUGAGAGGCAGUAAUGAGAAUGCACUUGUCAAACACUGAUGCGUUAGUCAAUGUGUGUUUGUGCAUAUAUUGCCAGUCAGAGUACCACAGUGAUCCAUCUCCAGUCUGCAGCCCUGGAUUGUGGAUGCCUAGUCAGUCACAUUGGACUUGAGUCUGGACUUUCAAAAGCCUGGAUGUUUUUGUCACUAAAAAAUGCUCCAGUGACAACAUGCUAUAUUUGUGGUUUGCAAACAUUAAAGGCCAUCCCGCUGCUGGGCGUCCUAAUGCAGCAGUGGGCUGGGGGCGCAUACUCUC